CCACCGUCGUUGGCGUGGCCGAAAUCGAAAGCUCUUUAUUGGCGAGCAAGGCAUCCGCCAUGUUUGCCGUUCCGUGCGUGGAACUUUGUCUGUGUGGCGAAUAACUUAAAAGGAAGCGCGCAGCGCUUCUUGUAAGCUAUUCCUGCUGGACAAAUCACUCACGUCGCCAAAGCAUCCCAGCCAAGCCCAACUUGCUUCACAGCGUCCGUCGGUUUGAACCCAGAGAUCCCAAUCCGGCGUGCACCGCGUCUCCAGGUAUUUUUUUUUUUUUUUAUCUGUGCUACUUCGACGUACCGUCGCCGAAGUGCUUCGAGGAAGACUGGAAACUGCGUUUUCCCUCCUGCCAGUGCUUUUGCAUAAUCUGCGCUGGAAGGGGCGUGUGUCGAUCCUGCGUUCGUGGCAGGCUUGCUGUGAACCUGAACAUAGUGCGAACUGCAACGGUUCGCUGUUCGCCGGGACGCCUGCUCAAAGUAUCGUGCAGUGGUUAUGAACACCUCAAAGGUUGCGACUGUGUGAUCUUGAGCGAUGGAUCCCGAGUACGAACGACGUCUUCAGGGUCAACGCAGCAACGGUUACGCAUCGCCGGCGAGUCCAUUGGGCGACCGCUUCAUUCCAAGUCGGGCUGGAGCCAACUGGCAGUUGGGGCUAGCAAGGAUCCCCGACAGUCCCCAGCGAAGUGUCCUGCCAAAGGCCAAGGACACCAGUGAUGGCUCCAAGGACAGCCUGGCCUACGCCUGCCUGAUCAAGAAUGAGCUACUGGGAGCUGGCAUCGAAGAUGCCAAGGAACCGACGGAGGAGCGCCGUGUGUCGCAGGGGCAGUCGCCCUCGUCGGGCAAUCUCUUUCGCUAUGGGGCAGGACGACCAUCCGAGACCUGGUCACCUUACAGCCUCUCUCCGGUCAGUGCCAAGAGCCACAAGCUGCUCAGCUCUCCUCGCAAGCAGGCACGCAAGAUCUCCAAGAUCCCGUUCAAGGUACUGGAUGCACCCGAGCUCCAGGACGACUUCUAUCUGAACCUGGUGGACUGGUCGUCAACCAACGUGCUCAGUGUCGGGCUGGGCGCAUGUGUCUACCUCUGGAGUGCUUGUACGUCGCAGGUGACACGCCUGUGCGACCUGUCUGGCGAAGGUGACUCAGUGACCUCGGUCGCGUGGGCUGAGCGUGGCCAUUUGGUGGCCGUUGGCACCCACAAGGGUCUCGUCCAGGUCUGGGACGUCGCUGCAUCCAAGCAGACGGCGCUUCUUCAGGGCCACUCUGCACGUGUGGGUGCACUGGCAUGGAAUGGAGAUGUACUGUCAUCGGGCUCGCGAGACCGCUUGAUUCUUCAGCGGGAUGCCCGGACACCUUCGGGGGGUGCACCUGAACGGCGACUGCAGGGCCACAGGCAGGAAGUGUGUGGCCUCAAAUGGUCUCCCGACAAUCAGCACCUGGCAUCGGGCGGCAAUGACAAUAAGCUGCUGGUGUGGAACCUGAGCAGCAGCACCCCCGUGCAGAGCUACACGGAGCACGUGGCAGCCGUCAAGGCCAUCGCCUGGUCCCCGCACCAACAUGGCCUGCUCGCCAGUGGCGGGGGCACUGCCGACCGCUGCAUCCGUUUCUGGAACACACUCACGGGGCAGCCCAUGCAGUGCGUGGACACUGGUUCACAGGUGUGCAACUUGGCGUGGUCCAAACACGCGUCGGAGCUCGUCAGCACUCACGGCUAUUCCCAGAACCAGAUCCUCGUCUGGAAGUACCCAUCCCUGGCGCAAGUCGCCAAGCUUACUGGCCACUCCUACCGGGUGCUCUACCUCGCCGUCUCUCCCGACGGCGAGAGCGUCGUUACGGGCGCGGGCGACGAGACGUUACGGUUCUGGAACGUGUUCAGCAAAGCUCGUUCGCAGCGUGAAGCACGGUCGGCACUCUGUCUCUUUGCGAACAUGCGCUGAGACGUCCGACACGUGGACCGUGAAUGUAAAAUGACCGUGCGUGAAUGCCGGAGUCUGCAAAGCAAGGCAUACCAGGGUCUGCAAAGCUUGUAGGCCCUUGCGGCGGAGACAGCUGCUGGCUGGAACGCUCGCCGGUCCUCGAAUGCGGCGCAUACCGCUGGGGCGUUCGGCUUCGUAAAGAAGCUGUUUACUGCCCUUGCGAACUGCGCUGUCUAAACAUAUGAUGUAACGCUUAGCAACACAGGGAAGGUAAAUGCCACGCCGAGUGUGCCAUUGAGUGGUGCUGUGGGCUUCCGUAAUUUCUUCAGAAAAGCUUUUUAUUUAUUAUUUAUUCCCCUUAAGAGCUAAAAAAUUGUGGUUGGCUUACAUACGGGACACCGCUAACCAAAAAGUACAACUAUGCAAAAAAUAUCCUGUUUUACGCAAACGCUUUGCCAGAUUUCCGCAGUGUGACUCGUGACCAGUCAGGACUUUCAUUUAUCCUGGUGCAUACAGAACUCUCUCAGACUGUGCUGAUUUUACUGCUGACAUGGGACUCUUUUUUAAGAGUGUUCGUUUACCUCUUGACAUUUUAUUUUCCACGCCCACAGAGUUUUUGAGCAUGCCGAUAGCAUGAAUCUUGUUUUGUUCAGCCCAUUCGCUGAGGUAAUUCAGGAGUGGAAUUGGCAGUUGAAGUUGGUUAUGCGAGCAGUACACUGUUGAUGCAAUUGCCUUUAUGCUGCAAGAUGUCACACAACUGUUUGGUGCAUUAGGCUGUUAGGUAUGCAUAUCUUGAAGCAGACUCUU